GUGGAUGGAGAGGCUGGAAUAUAUUGACGCGCGUGGCCGACUCUGGUGGCCAUCGAAGAUUUCGGAUAUCUCUGUUCUAUUACUGGAACCUGCAUUGGGAUUUCGUACUGCUUUAAUUGCAUCGAGUCUCCUACUCUCAUUGCUUGCUGCGUUAUUUGUUUCGUUUCUAUACUUUCAAUUCUUGCUCUCGAGCCUAAUAUCUUCUUACGCCAUACAAGUCAAGGACUUCUUUCCGAACAACUAUAUCACGGUGCUGGACAUCAUCACGCUUUAAUUGAACUUUCAAAUCCUUCCUCAUUGACCUGCCUGAGUUCCGUGGAAGACGACAACAACAACACUAGCGCCAACACCAACCGAUUGAGACACAACCACAAUGUUGUUCACAACAAUACCAGCAUUCACCUUCCUCCUCACCUCUCUGGCUACCCUCUCCGCUGCCGCCCCAACCCUUGAUGUCCGCCAGGUCAACGCGAGAAGUUGGUCCGAGCCAGAGGAGAAAUACUACCAUGCCGUCGGCGACCGCGUCGCCCGAUUCGUACGGACGGCCAACUUCCCCGCACCCCCAGCUUGCAACAUCGAAAACGCCCCGAUGAACAGAGGGGCACUCCCCCCACCAUCGCCCGGCCUCGUCCUCUCCCACGUCGUCGUCGGCCGCGGCACCCAGAAUUUCACCUGCGACACCACCAACGCGUCCGCUAUCCCCGUGCAGGUCGGCGCCGUCGCCACGCUCUUCAACAGCUCUUGCAUCGCCGGGCUCUAUCCCGAGCUGCUCUCCCUGAUGCCUCCCGUCGCCAUCCGCCACGCCAAGCCCGCCGACGCCGACGGCCUGGCCCCGUCCAACCUUUGGCUGUCCGGCCACCACUUCUUCACCGCCGGCGGGGUGCCGUUUUUCAGCCUCAACUCGCGGAACGGGGACUACGGGCAGGUGGGCUGCAAGAAGGACGGGGCGACGCCCGCGCCGGACCCGAAGAACGUGCCGUGGUUGAAGAUGAGCACCGCGCAUCUGGAUGGCAUCGAGGCGACGUAUUCGGAGGUGUAUCGGUUGAACACUGUCGGUGGACAGCCGCCGGAGACAUGUGCGGGGCAGAAGGACCAUAUUGAGGUGGAGUAUGCGGCUGAGUACUGGUUCUGGAAGUCGAAAUGAGGAGGGUGAAAGACCAGGGAAGACGAGACAUGGAAAAUCGCUGGACCUAAUGAGGUGCAUUCGAAGGUCCCGGCGUUCCUGGAGGGCGUUCGGAUCGAUGCGCGAGACUUGGAUGCGGAUAUCAUGUACUGUAUCAAUCGUUGGGAAUAGCUUGAAUAUUCGUGAGGGUGUGGUUUGCUUGGACGCGGCAUCGCUCGGAGUUGUACGAUCGUUAUUCGCAGUACCUUCGGCGUUGGCUUGGAUAUAUCUGGUUCCUUUCGAGUCGAGAGCUUCAAUAAUCUUAAACCUUCGCUUCGUCGGAUUGUGCACAGUAACCAAGAACCUUUUUCCAUCCCCAGCUUCAUCGCUUGAUCCAUACGCAAAUCACCCGCUUUUCCCGCCUUCAUCCACGGUACUCGUCACGCUCCUCGCCAUAACUUGUGCAUGAUGUGCGCCGUGACCAGGUAUCAGCAACAUCAACACCACCAUAUGCAGUGCCAGCAGAUAUACCGCGA